UACCUGGCUCUCCACACGCAGACGAGCUUAACACGGUGCAAUUUUCUUCGACGCGCGCGCGGGCUCCUCUGCCUCUAUAUAGCCCAAACUCCACAGUCUACAGUCCGCACUGCAUGCGCGCGCAGACCAUCCGCAGUCAGCUGAGCUCGCUAGGUUCCCAGUUAGGCGCGGCGAGCUAACGACGAGCCCGCCCACGUCUCCCCGCCGCGCUCUCUCCAAGGAUGGACGCGCUCUGCCUGCUCGCCGCGCUCCUGGCGUGCGCGCUCGCGUCGUCCGGCAGCGCGCAGCCGGCGGACCCGCAGCAGGGGAGCUACGGCAACGAUGUGGCCGACCAGGAUAUGCGCAUCAGCACGACCAUGGUCGCGCUGCUGGCCGCCGUCGUCGCGGUGUUCUUCUUCAUCCUCGCCUCCAUCAUCUACCUCCGCCACUGCACCGGCUACUCGUACCCCCACGCCCCGCGGCCGGACGACUCCCGCGGCUCCGGCCCCGGCGCCGGCUUCUCGAGCUUCAUCGCCAGGCGGCAGCAGCGGCGGGCGGCGACGCGCGGGCUGGACGCCGAGGUGGUCGAGGCGUUCCCCACCAUGCGGUACGCGGAGGCCAAGGCGCUGCGCGUGGGGAGGAAGGCGGCGCCCCCGCUCGAGUGCGCGGUGUGCCUCAGCGAGUUCGAGGACGAGGACAGGCUCCGGCUGCUGCCCAAGUGCAGCCACGCCUUCCACCCGGACUGCAUCGGCGAGUGGCUCGCCAGCCACGUCACCUGCCCGGUCUGCCGCCGCAACCUCGACCCUAGCAAGGACGGCGGCAGCGACGACGAGGCGAGUAACCCCCCGGUGCUGGAAGCCAACAGCACCUCCAGCGAAAUCGCCGUGGUUCGGCACCACCAGGCAGACGGCGCGCGGGCACCGGCCGUGGUCAUCGACGUGGUGACAGAGGAGGAGGCCGAGCAGCGCCGGAAGGAGGCGAUGGAGCUGCAGCGGAUAGGGACCCAGCGGCGCGCGAUGCGGUCGCGGUCGCGGCCGGCCGGGACGAAGGCCGCGAAGCUUGUCCGGUCGUACUCGGCCGGCCACUCCCUCGCCGUAGUCCGGCUCGACCGCGACCUGGAGCGGUUCACGCUGCGGCUGCCGGAGCACGUGCGCAGGGAGAUGGUCGCCGCUGCCGGGGAGCAGAGCUCGCACCGUCGCGCACAGAGAGCCGGCAGAUGGCCAUCGUUCCUAAGGUACACCAGGACGUUGUCGGGAAGGUUCUUCUCGACGCCGAGGAGGACGGAAAGCUCCGAGGGAGGGGAGGUGUCCUCGUCAUCGUCGACGAGGACUAGAGGGAAGCGCGUCGCCGCCGUUGAUUUCCUCGAAGGUUCUCCUCUGGGCGGCGGCGUGUCCGGUGCCAAAGUCGGCUCUGUGGCCGGCGAUGUCGACAAGGCAGCUAGCCGGCAGGUUCGAACGUAGAAAAGAAAAUGGACUUCUGAAUCUAGAAGCGGUGUUCUUCCACGCAUGCGGGGAAUCUGUCUGUACUAUUAAUCCAAGAAAGAGACUGUAAUCGCCGCAUGCAGAAUGCUCAAGAAACCCUGUUGAGGCGCCUGAAUUUUCUUUUUCUGCGUCAGUCUUAUUUAA